AUGGUCGUCGACAAAGAUGCUCAGGUCAAGCCGAUCUACGUAGCCAUCAUCCUACUGCGGCACGCACUGCCACUGCUCUUGCUGGCCACGCUCUUGCUAGCACUCAUCAUCCGCGGCGUGUUCUAUGCUUUCAGCGAGGAAGUCCCUCCGACGGUCCAGAUCGACUACAUGCCCAUCUACCCAGCCGCGCCCGUACCGGUCAACCCAGCCGCCGACUCGAAUGCAAACGGAGACGAGCAAGACACAUCAGAGGAGACCACAGCAGCGACCAUCAAGCCUGCAAGACGCAGACGGCGAGGUGUCACCCUUGCCCUCUUCGGCCUCGUCACGGUCUCCUACCUGCUCGAUGUCAUCGUCUAUCUCGCGCGAAUGGGAGACGACGACGAUGAUCUGCUCGUUCAUGGCAAGCCAGAGAGUAUACUGGCCAUCUGGAAAGGCGAGGAACUCUACGCUUUCGGCGGCCUGGUCGCGUUCCUCGGGUGCAUGCUCGCUAUGCUGGGUGAAGAACACCUCAACGGAGAGAAAUCGAGCUGGAAUGGGGUUUACCCAAUGAUCCUUGCCGUGCUAGCAGGCCUCGCCGAGCCCGUCUUGCUCGUCCUGCUCGCCGUCGCCAUCUCAAAGGACUCGGCCAGCACAGUAGAUCUCUACACAGCCUUUCACAUUGCAGCGCUCGCCUGGCGCGUUCUGCUGCUCUUCAUGCUCAUCUACGCACUGUCCCCAAGAGGACGGCAGCGUGUCCACUCGCGACUGAUGCCCAUCAUCAGCCAAGAGGAGUCAGCUCAGACCAACAAUGCCGACAAUACGGCACAGUACGGCACUUUCAAUCAGUAG